CACCUGCGACCCCUGAGUGAAAUAAGUCAGUGAAAUUCGUGAUUGUUAAAGUGAUGCUUUUGUUUUUUAAUUCAUCGUUCCAAAGAAACAAGUAGAUAAAUCGGAACACAUCGUAAAUAAAUAAUUAUCUCCUGGUUGAAAAUCCCAUUACAACACUUUUCUUCUUGAACUAUCUAACUGAGUAUAGUAACCAUUAUAAUUAUGACAGUAGAUUGUGCCAAUUUCUUUCAAAAAUGCUUCUGUUACUCUUUUAUAAGUGAAGACAUUUUUUUAUGAAUUUCUGGGGUGUAAAUUGACUUAUGUCUCACUGAAUGAGUCACUUCACUGUGUCUCAAAAAGCCCUGGGAGGAAACCCUGUUCCUGUGUAGUCUAUACUUAAAGGGAAGUGAAGACUUACUAUACAGCAAUUUGUUUUUCUUUUCAUGCAGACACCCCAGUCAGCACAUACCCUUCUAGCAUGAACCGCUCAACUGAGCUCUAUUUUCCAAAGGAAAUGGCCCCUGAGGAGUCUGUUGGUGAGAUAGCAGUGGCUUGUGUGAUCCUGGGCUUGUCCUUCCUGGUUGGCACUCCGGGGAACCUGCUGGUGAUCUGGACUAUCCUGAGACAUGUCAAACAGCGCUCUCACACUGUGGUGCUGAUUCUACACCUGGCUGUUGCAGACCUGCUGGUCCUCAUCACCUUGCCUAUUUGGAUCUACUCUCUUGCGCACUCCUGGGUCUUUGGGGAGGCCUCCUGCAAAGCCAUGGUGUUUGUGAUCUACGCCUGUAUGUACAGCAGCGUUUUCCUCAUCACUGUUAUGAGCGUGGAGCGCUUUGUGGCCGUGCGCUAUCCCUUCGCCUCGGCUAACUGGAAGAGAGAACGAGCUCUGAAUAAAGUACUGCUGGUUCUGUGGACUGCGGCGUUCUUGUUCAGCAUACCCGUGAUCCCAACCCAGGUUGUUCAGGAGGAUGAAGGUGAGGAGCAUUGCCUGUACCGCCUGUAUACUUCUGUCACCCAGGAACUGGUGUGUGUCCUGCUGGAGACGCUCGUAGGCUACAUAAUACCCUUCUCCGUCCUCGUGGUCUGCUAUGGCUGCCUGUGUAGCCGGAUCACUCAGAUGUCCUUCAAGUCCAAACGCAAGUCCACUAUCUUGAUUACCAGCAUAGUGAUUGUGUUUGCCAUUUGUUGGACACCUCACCACGUAGGAAAUAUCCUCUCGCUCAUCAUCCUGGCCAUUCAAGACUCCUCCAGCGAUACAGCGCACACACUGGAGAGUGUCAGGAGCACCAUGACUUUCAUCGCCGGGGCCAUGGUUUUCAUCAGCAGCACGGUUAACCCCAUUCUCUACAUUUUCGCGGCUCGUUCCUUCAGGAACUCCCUGCGUGACACCGGCAUGCAGAAGCUCUUCCGCCACAUCUCCAGCACCUCCCCAGGUGAGGGAAACAGAGAGGUGUCCUUUGUGUCCAAGAGGCAGAGCAAUCAGACCAGCAGCUCUCACUGUGUAUCUGAGUCAAAAGACCAAAUUAAUAUAUUAAUAAACAUGUGUGAGAACAAUCCACUGUGACACUGAAAUUGUUUAGUGUAGUGUUUGUGUAGAUAUACUUGUGUGUACUGUUUUCAUUUUGUAUUCAUCUUAUUUUUCUUGUUUCUCGUGUGUAAUUCUUGUACACCUUUGUAAAUGAUCCAUUUAACAUGUUUUAUUAAAUUGUGAAUAUAUAUUUAUAAGAAUAUUACACUCAUAGCUUUCCCCAUAUUGAUGAAUCUAAGGCUUUUAAUAUAUACCAAUCUCGCUGUGUUUUUCUGUAUUGUGGAACUGUAACAUUUCGGGAACAAAAAUGACUAAAUGAAUAAAACUUAGUUUUCCCUGCGUUGGCAGAUUCAAUAACAAUUGUCCUGGUAACCUAGCACAGAGAGUCAUGUUCUCAACUUCCUCUCACUGAAAAGAUUGCCAAAUAAAAAACUGCAUGUUUCCUUUGCUGAGCAACAAAAAGAGGAAUCAUGUCUUAAACUUUCUCACAGUCUCAUAAACCUCAAAGUCACCAGUGUCCACUUAUUAUCUGAUGUUUUAAAAUGCAUAAAUGUGCUUGACAUACCUGUUUGAUACAUUAAUUUUUUCUGUUACCAUGACUACAAAGAACCUAUUUUCACAACCAACCAGUAGAUGGCAGUGACAGCUGCCUCUGACGUUUGACUCUCUUGCUGCUGAUGGAGCAUUGACCUAAUUUCAGUGUGGUGUCAUAAUAAAGAUCUUUACUUUAA